CUUCGUGUGAUCAUACGUAUCAUUUGUUUAAUCAAUUAUAUUUCACAGCCGAGCAGAUAAGAAAGUUAAAGUUUGCUUUAUUAAAUUAGAGAGUGUUUCCAGGAGCGGGGUUCUCUAAUGCAUGCAAUCUGGCUCAGUCGUGGCUUCGAUUCCCACGCAUCAUGUGUCGGUUUAAAUUGUGCUUUCUCUUGAUGACCUUGAGCCAUUUGGCGUGGGAAGGUAUGGCUCAACAACCCACUGUCUACGAGUAUUUCUCGAGUGGAGGGAUCACUGAAGGUCUGAAGGCGGAUCAGCGUGAUCAUUUCACUCUCAAUGGAAAGCCUCUCACCAUCUACAGCGGGUCGUUUCAUUACUUCCGAAUUCAUCCAGACCAAUGGCGAGAUCGACUUCGUAAAUACAGAGCUGCCGGAUUGAAUGCCGUGGACAUCUAUGUUCCAUGGAACUUACACGAGCCCAAACGAGGUGAGUUUGAUUUUGGCCAAGGGAACAAUGACUUUUCCAUGUUUUUGGACCUACCUCGAGUGCUGGAAAUAGUCCAGGAAGAGGAUCUACUUGUGGUAUUCAGACCUGGGCCUUACAUUUGUGGCGAAUGGGAGUUCGGAGGUCUUCCAAGUUGGUUACUUUCUGAGACACCAAUGUUCAUUCGAACAUCUCAUAAACCUUAUCAAGAUCGAGCAGCUAUUUACUUGCACGAAAUUAUUUCAAGAGUCAAGGACAUGCAAUUCUAUUCUGCAUCUGGAAAAACAGGGGGUCCAAUCAUCGCUGUUCAAAUUGAAAAUGAAUAUGGAAACUUUGGUUAUGGAGACUUUCCUCGAGACAUUGAGCAUUUGCGAUUUCUCAAGAAGACCCUUGAGACCGAAGGAGUGGAAUCCCUUUUGUUCACCUCAGACUCUCCAAACCUUACCAAAGAUUACGGAAAUGUGGAUAAUGUGCUCAUGACUGCCAAUUUCAAGUUUGAUUCGCUCGAAAAUUUGGACAACCUACUAUCGUUUCAACCUAAUCGACCUGUGUUUGUCACAGAGUUUUGGCCCGGUUGGUUCGACCACUGGUUUGAGCAAGUUCACAACACGCUAAACUUGGAAGAUUUUACCGAAAUUCUCCAAAACAUCUUCCUUUACAAGGGAAGCGUCAACUUCUACAUGUUCCACGGGGGCACCAACUGGGGAUUCAUGAAUGGAGCCAAUGUCCUUGCAGGAACGGGCCUCCCAAUAUUCCCGUCGUAUGCACCAGAUACGGCCAGUUACGAUUAUGAUGCUCCCCUCACAGAGGCCGGCCAUUACACGCCGAAAUAUGACAGAGCUGCAGAAAUGAUCGCUACCAAUGAUCCCUUGGCAAAUGUGUUGGCCAAACCAGCCAGACCCGCCAUUGUGCCACCUGUGGCUUAUCCUGACAUUACCAUCACAGAAUAUUUGGAUUAUGCCGGCAUCUUGAGCAACUUGCCCUCGACAGCCAAGCAAUCUAGUAAAGUACUGCUACCCAUGGAGCAAUUGGACCUCAACGAUGGAAACGGCCAAAGUUAUGGUUACAUUAUCUACCGGAAGCAGCUCGCAUUGAAGACGGGCGAUAAGAUCAAGAUAAGAGGUCACGUUCGAGAUCUUUUGCAGCUAAUUGUCAAUGGAAAGAUGGUGAACAGGCCAAUUUUGGAGUUCUCAGACUUGGCUUUUUUCGGAUCUUGGGGACCCCUGGAUAGCGAAUUCGAGGUCGAUUUGAGCGAGGUUGGUACGUGUAACCCCUCUUGCACGGUCGAUUUCAUGGUCGAGAACUUGGGGCGAGCCAAUUAUGGCAAGCCUCACGAAUUGCAACAGAACAAGGGUUUGUGGGAGGGGCCGGUUCUGUUGAACAACCAGCCGUUGGAGGAUUGGGAGAUCAUGUCACUCGAGUUCAAUUCGGCCUGGGUGUCCAGUUUGAGCGGAUGGAAACCUUUAGGGGCUGAAGACUUGACCUUGGGGCCCAAAAUUUUCAAAGCCAACCUUCAAGUGGACGAUGAUAGUCCCCAAGACACCUAUUUCGACUUUGAUUGUCCAGACUGUCAAAGUUGGAAGCACGGAUCGUUUUUCGUGAACGGAUUCAAUGUUGGACGCUACUUUCAGGUUGGGCCCCAGAAGACUUUAUACAUCCCAGGUCCAUUCCUGGCGACGGGAUCUAACGAGAUCGUCAUCAUGGAGAAUUAUGGUGGUUCAAAUAAGAUGAAGUUCACGGAUGUUCCUAACUAUGGAAGUCCUUCAAGUCCCCAGAAAUAAAGUCCUCUGGGCUCGGGCUACGUGUUCGUGAUGUUUCGGGUGUACUCAUGAUAACUAUGGACUGCCAGGAAUAAUAAAAGAAAUGCUCUUGUCAGCCAGAUUCAGUGUCUGUUCUGGGUAUAAGUUAUUUUCCGUUAGCCGCCAAAUAUUUGGACACGCCCUCUUGAUCAGGCUUCAUGG